AUGCCACAAUCAGAACCACCCAAACUGUAUCGCCAUCCUACGAGAAGCGAGAUCAUCGACCAAGCAGCAGCUGAGGGUCAUGAUGCGGAUAUCCCAGGCAACCUCGGUUCUAUACACCAAGUUCCUAGUCAUACCUCAGAGAGGCGGCAUUCUUUAGACGAGAAGAAGCAUGAGUACACGACGGGAGAGCAAGAUGUUGAAAAAGGCAACAGACCAGCCUCUAUCUACAGUGCAGACGAACCAGACGCGGAAGAGGAGCCUGAACGCGAUCCAAAUAUUGUAGACUUUGACGGCCCCGAUGACCCCGAGAACCCACUCAACUGGAAGGCAUCCCGUAAAUGGGGUAUGGUUGCCCUAAUUAGCGGGAUUACUUUCCUCACGCCUCUCGCAAGUUCACAAUUCGCGCCUGGCGUCCCGGAAGUUAUGCGCGACUUCAACUCAACCAGCGAUUUGCUGGAGGGCUUCAUGGUGUCCGUAUAUGUCCUUGGGUUUGCCUUUGGGCCGUUGAUCAUUGCGCCGCUGUCGGAGAUGUAUGGUCGAUUGCCAUUGUAUCACAGCUGUAACUUGCUUUUCAUCGUCUUUACGAUCGCGGCAGCUGUAGCGACGAACAUGGCGCAGUUUGUUGUGUUCAGGUUUUUCAUGGGCUGUUUCGGAGGAGCGCCUAUGGUGCUUGGUGGUGGGACCAUCGCAGAUCUCAUACCCAGGGAGCAACGAGGCACUGCGAUGGCAGUCUGGAUGAUGGGACCGACUAUCGGGCCUUGUGUUGGUCCUAUUAUCGGUGGCUUUUUGACGGUUGCGAAAGGCUGGCGGUGGAAUUUUUGGUUUGUUGCUAUAGUGGGUGGCGCAUUCUUCAUCACGUCACUCAUUCUUAUGAGAGAAACAUCUGGAAUUAUCAUCCUACAACGAAAAGUCAAACGACUGAAAGCCGAAACUGGAAACUCAAAGCUACGCUCAAAACUGGAUGGUGGUCUUACACCAAGCCAACUAUUCAAAUUUUCAAUCAUCCGACCUGCCAAGAUGUUAUUUCGCUCCACCAUCUGCUUCGCCAUCUCACUCUACAUCGCGAUAACAUACGCAUAUCUCUACAUAUUGUUUACGACAUUCACCGCCGUCUUCAAGGGUCAGUACGGCUGGCAUGGUGGUAUCACUGGUCUAUCUUUUCUUGGAUUAGGCAUUGGGUCUCUUAUUGGCCAAUUCACCUACAUCCACUACGGCAACAAAGUAGUGCACAAGCACAUGGCGCGCGGCGACUUUCGUCCCGAACACAGGUUAUAUAUGAUGUGCAUCGGCGGCUUCUUCAUUCCAUGCGGUCUCUUCAUCUACGGCUGGAGUGUACAGUAUCAGACUCACUUCAUGGUGCCUAUUGUUGCAACAGGCAUCAUCGGAUUCGGUCUGCUGAUGACGUUCAUGCCAGCGACGACGUACUUGGUCGACGUGUUCACUAUUCACGCCGCGAGUGCCAUGGCAGCGAGUACAGUGCUGCGCAGUCUUGCAGCAGCAUUCAUUCCACUGAGUAGUCAGACCAUGUAUGCACAAAUGGGAUACGGAUGGGGUAACAGUAUGUUAGGCUUCAUUGCUACCCUACUCAUCCCGAUCCCAUUUCUGUUCAUUAGGUAUGGAGAAAAGAUCCGGGCUAGAAGUACAGUCAAGCUCUGA